CAUGAUGACGUUUUAGUCAUAUCGUGAAAGGAAAUCGAACGAAACGAAGUAAUUACAAUAAGUUACUCAUCUGGUUCGAACCAAUUUAAAUUGUUUGUUGUGUUUCUUUGUCUCAGUAAAAUUAUUGUGGUCUAAGUCAUAACUAGUUCGUUAUUAGAAGUUUAAAUACUUGAAAUGGCUGGGCACAAGUAUAUUAAUCCAAACAAUUUGUUCGAGGACGAGGACGACGUAGACGACGACACUUUUGUGAACGCGUACAGGAGUCGUAAUCCGCCACCAUCAGCCGUGACUCGACCUGCCAACACGUCCAGUACAGCGUACGGAGGCCACAUAGCAAACCUAGAACGACAAAGGCAAGUAAUGUUGGAGAGACAAAGAGAGAUCGAGCAGCGCACGUUGGACUCCUCCGCACGCAGCGUGCAGCUAUUGCGAGACUCGGAAAACAUCGGCAUAGCCACGGCCGAGGAGCUGGCGCGGCAGCGCGACGCGCUCGACAACACCAACCGCCGUCUCGAUGAAAUCAACACCAACCUAAACACGACGCAAAAACAUCUCAACGGAAUCAAAUCAGUAUUCUGGGGCCUCAAAAACUACAUUUCUGGCAAGUCUGAACAACCUCCAUCCCGGAGCCAAGCCUCUCCUAAUUCCCAAACUGGCCGGGUUGGUGCUAGCGGCAGCAGAUUAAAUGAAACUCUAGAUAAUCUAGGCCCAAUGAGUUCAGGCAUUGGAGACAAUUACAAUUCACAUCCAUCCACUCGGCUACGAGGAAUGAAUGAGCAAACCAUGGCUGACCCUGUGACUGACAGUGACCGUGUUAACAAAAUGUUAGAUGCUAACUUAGAUGAGAUGGUUCACGCUAUUACAAGACUUAAAGGUUUGGGAGCAGCUCUUGGGGAAGAAAUCGAACAACAAAAUGACCUCAUAGACACCAUCCAGGACAAAGUUGAGGGGGCAGAUAUUAAAAUUGGCCGACAAAAUAAGCAAAUGAACAAACUACUGGGGAAAUAGUGCAUGGUUAUGAAGCUGGGCAUCGUUCUUAGAAAGAAACUGAGGUAGCAUGUGCAUGCUGCACCAAUGUGUUACCUAAUGAACUAUUUCAGUACAUAAAUGUGCUUGUGGUUGCAUUUUGUUUUGAAUUCCCAUUUGUUCCGAUUUAUACUCAAACAAGUUUUUGUUGUGAGGAAAAGUUGGAAUAAGGAUUUCCCCAUUAUUUAUUUUAUUUGGAAUGAAGCCAAACAUAAACCUGUUUACUGGCAAUCCGUUGUUGGGAGUGAAACUUGGUUCUUAUAUGGAAAAACCCAUCAUGAAUCUGGCUGGUAAAACCCAAAUUUUGUGUAUCCCCCAAUCCAAGUGGCAUUCAACUUGCAAUCACUGAUUUCAGCUAUCAAUUAAGGGUCAUCCAUUAAUUACAUCACACGUUUGGGGGGAGGGAGGGGGUUAAAAAAAUGUGACAUGUUGUGACACGAAGAGGGGGGAGUCACAAACUUUGAGACGUCACUUUAACUUCAUCAGUAAUCAAGAAUUUAUUUAAAGGUUUUUUUUAUUUCCUGUACAGUUAAAUAAUGAGUUUUUGGAUAAUCAUUUUUAUUUAUUUAAUUUUCUUUCCUAGUCUAAAAAUAUUUUGAUAAUACCUAAUUAGAUUUGCUGAUUUCCUUGAAAACAAAAUUGCCAAAAACGUGACAUCACACCAGGGGGGGAGAGGUUUGAUAAAUGUGACCAAGUGUUACAACUGUUACAAGGAGGCGGGGAGGGGUCAAAAAAUCUCGAAAUUCGUGUGACGUAAUUUAUGGAUGACCCCUUACAUAGUUAUAUAGACCACCUAUAAAUUGUUGUGUUCUGGUUCUCUCAGACAUUAGAUAAUGAGAUAUAAUUAGUAUAAGGCUAGAUGUAUAAUGUCAAACUACUUGUCUAAAUUGGUAAACAGAAACACAUUUGGAUUGUUUGCUCUAACAAAAAUAUGUUAAUAAUAACAUUGUCUUUAUUUUGGGUUACAUUAUUUGCAAUUUUUUAAAGAUUUGAUGUUUUGUUACCAAAUAAUUGGAGUAAGAAUGAAUGGUCUAUAGUAAAAGUAGAACAAUGUAAUUAGGUUUAGUUUUUACUAUUUUAGAAGAUUCCACAUUAUUAUUUUAUUAAAAUUAUUAAAUAUAUGUUCACCAUUGUUUAUUUUUGUUACUAUCUUUUUAGGUUUUAUGCCCACAUAUUUGUAGUUUUUAUAUUUGUACAUUAAAUGUAAUAGCUAAAAAACAUACUAAUUAGUGUUAUCAGCAUAUUAUCACCAAAAGUAUGCCAUAAAUAUAUUAUAAUUGAAAAUUGUCCGUGUUAUUUUAUAUGUGAUAAAUAAACUUUAUAAGCAGCAA